GUGUGCGUGCGUGCGUGCGUGCGUGUUUGCGUGUGGUCACAGUUCCCGCCAUCAGCCGCUCUCCCUGACUGGGGGAGCGAGCGGUGUCGCUUCUUCAGGCUCGGCGUCCCUUCUUUUUUAUCCCCAGUUCCUCCCCCUUUGCUCGGGCUCUGUGCUUUCGGCAGGCCUGUCCGGGGGUUCCGGACCCUCAGGCUCAGCUAAAUUGAUGGCUUCCAGAGAACUGGCAUAAUUGCAGAAUAUGAGUAGUGCCCCAAGAAGAGUGCUUUGCCUUUGGGACAAGGAUCAGAAUAAAGGUGAAUUGUUAUUACGUAGGGUUUUUCAUUAAAAGUCACUGAAAAAACCUAUCAAGUGAAGGUGUAUUUUUGCUUUUUAAUUUGGCUAGAAGCAAUUUAUUUUUAAAGAAAAUAUGUCUCCUCUGAAGAUACAUGGUCCUAUCAGAAUUCGAAGUAUGCAGACUGGGAUUACAAAGUGGAAAGAAGGAUCCUUUGAAAUUGCAGAAAAAGAGAAUAAAAUCAGCCUAAUAGUUCACUACAAUACUGGAGGAAUUCCAAGGAUAUUUCAGCUAAGUCAUAACAUUAAAAAUGUGGUGCUUCGACCCAGUGGAACAAAACAAAGCCGCCUGAUGUUAACUCUACAAGAUAACAGUUUCUUGUCUAUUGACAAAGUACCAAGUAAGGAUGCAGAGGAAAUGAGGCUGUUUCUAGAUGCAGUCCAUCAAAACAGACUUCAUGCAGCCAUGAAACCUUCUCAGGGGUCUGGUAGUUUUGGAGUCAUUCUGGGCAGUAGGACCUCACAGAAGGAAACCAAUAGGCAGCUUUCUUAUUCGGACAAUCAGACCUCUUCAAAAAGAGGAAGUUUGGAAACUAAAGAUGAUAUGCCAUUGCGAAAAGUUCUUGGUAAUCCAGGUAGAGGAUCGAUUAAAACUGUAGCAGGAAAUGGAAUAGCUGUUACCCGGACGGUUCCUUCUUUGACAGCUACAUCAACACCUCUAAGAUCAGGAUUACUAGAAAAUCGGACUGAAAAGAGGAAAAGAAUGCUAUCAUCUGGCUCAGAGUUGAGUGAGGAUUACCCUAAGGAAAAUGAUUCAUCAUCGAACAACAAAGCUAUGACAGAUCCCUCAAGAAAGUAUUUAACCAGCAGUAGAGAAAAGCAGCUGAGUUUGAAACAGUCAGAAGAAAAUCGGACAUCAGGGCUUUUGCCUUUGCAGUCAUCUUCCUUUUAUGGUAGCAGAGCUGGAUCCAAGGACUACUCUUCUGGUGUCACUAACCUAGACAGGACUAAUGUUUCAAGCCAAACUCCUUCUGCCAAAAGAAGUUUGGGAUUUCUUCCUCAGCCGGCUCCUCUUUCUGUUAAAAAACUGAGGUGUAACCAGGAUUACACUGGCUGGAACAAACCAAGAGUGCCCCUUUCCUCUCACCAACAGCAACAACUGCAGGGCUUCUCUAACUUGGGAAAUACCUGCUAUAUGAAUGCUAUUUUACAAUCUCUAUUUUCACUCCAAUCAUUUGCAAAUGACUUGCUUAAGCAAGGUAUCCCAUGGAAGAAAAUUCCACUGAAUGCACUUAUAAGACGCUUUGCACACUUGCUUGUUAAAAAAGAUAUCUGUAAUUCAGAGACCAAAAAAGAUUUACUCAAGAAAGUUAAAAAUGCAAUUUCAGCUACAGCGGAGAGAUUUUCUGGUUAUAUGCAGAAUGAUGCUCAUGAAUUUUUAAGUCAGUGCUUAGACCAGCUGAAAGAGGAUAUGGAAAAAUUAAAUAAAACUUGGAAGUCUGAACCUUUUCCUGGAGAAGAAAUUUCACCAGAUAUUUCUGCUACCAGAGUAUACACUUGCCCUGUUAUUACUAAUUUGGAGUUUGAGGUUCAGCAUUCCAUCAUUUGUAAAGCAUGUGGAGAGAUUAUUCCCAAAAGAGAACAGUUUAAUGACCUUUCUAUUGACCUUCCUCGUAGGAAAAAGCCACUCCCUCCUCGUUCAAUUCAAGAUUCUCUUGAUCUUUUCUUUAGGGCAGAAGAACUUGAGUAUUCCUGUGAGAAGUGUGGUGGGAAGUGUGCUCUUGUCAGGCACAAAUUUAAUAGGCUUCCCAGGGUCCUCAUUCUUCAUUUGAAACGAUAUAGCUUUAAUGUGGCUCUCUCACUUAACAACAAGAUUGGGCAGCAAGUCAUCAUUCCAAGAUACCUGACCCUAUCAUCUCAUUGCACUGAAAAUACAAAACCACCUUUUACCCUCGGUUGGAAUGCACAUAUGGCAAUUUCUAGACCAUUGAAAGCCUCUCAAAUGGUGAAUUCCUGCAUCACCAGUCCUUCUACACCUUCAAAGAAAUUUACCUUCAAAUCUAAGAGCUCCUUGGCUUUAUGCCUUGAUUCAGACAGUGAGGAUGAGCUGAAACGCUCUGUGGCCCUCAGCCAGAGACUUUGUGACAUGUCAUGCAAUGAACAACAGCAGGAAGUCCUGGAAAAAGAUUCAAAAUUAUGCCGAAUAGAGCCUGAUAAGUCCGAAUUGGAAAACUCAGGAUUUGACAGAAUGAGUGAAGAAGAGCUUCUAGCAGCUGUCUUAGAGAUAAGUAAGACAGAAACUUCACCAUCUCUGAGUCAUGAAGAUGAUGAAAAACCAACCAGCAGCCCAGAUACCGGAUUUGCAGAAGAUGAUAUUCAAGAAAUGCCUGAAAAUCCAGACACUAUGGAAUCUGAGAAGCCCAAAACAGUCACAGAGCCAGAUCCUGCCAGUUUUACUGAGAUAGCUAAAGACUGUGAUGAAAAUAAAGAAAACAAAACUCCAGAAGUUUCUCAAGAAGUUGAUUGGCUCCAGCAGUAUGAUAUGGACCGUGAAAGGGAAGAACAAGAGCUUCAGCAGGCAUUGGCUCAGAGCCUUCAAGAGCAGGAGGCUUGGGAACAGAAAGAAGAUGAUGACCUUAAAAGAGCUACGGAGUUAAGUCUUCAAGAGUUUAACAACUCUUUUGUGGAUGCACUGGGUUCUGAUGAGGACUCUGGAAAUGAGGAUGUUUUUGAUAUGGAAUACACAGAAGCUGAGGCUGAAGAACUGAAAAGAAACGCUGAGACAGGAAAUCUUCCUCAUUCCUAUCGGCUCAUCAGUGUUGUCAGUCACAUUGGUAGCACUUCUUCUUCAGGUCAUUACAUUAGUGAUGUGUAUGACAUUAAGAAACAGGCAUGGUUUACUUAUAAUGAUCUGGAGGUAUCUAAAAUCCAAGAGGCUGCUGUGCAGAGUGACCGGGAUCGGAGUGGUUACAUCUUCUUUUAUAUGCACAAAGAGAUCUUUGAUGAGCUGCUGGAAACAGAAAAGAACUCUCAGGCACUUAGCAUCGAAGCAGGGAAGACUACCCGUCAGGCCUCGUGAGGAACAAACUCCUGGGAUGGCAAUUGUGCACUGCGUAUUCUCUCUUACUGCCGCCCACACCUUUCCUCUGCCCAAGGAGAAUUUGGAAUUCUACUUGAUGCGGGAGCAACAAACAGCUCAGGGCCAAACCAGAAGACUAAAAUUGGAGUUAUACAGAAUGCUCCAUGCUAUUUUAUGGAUACUUGGGUCUCACAUUUGUAGCUGAUUAUUCUCUUUUUCGCCUACAAGAGUGGCACUUCCUUUUGUCUUAUGAAUACAUGUUGUAAAUAUAUAAAUAUAUAUGUACAUACACACACACAGGAUGAAUGGAGCCUUAAAGAGUUAGGAUGAGCCACAAGAGUAUGCCUGCUCCUAAUUUAUAGCACAGCAGUUUGGAGAAAAAGAAAAGGUGUUAAAGAGUCCAUUCACCUGAGAAAUGUGUGAAGAUAUACCCAUCAGUUGGCUUUUAGCUUUAUGUUUCUUGCAUAGUUUCCUCAAGUCUGCAACCUUUCAUGUGUGUUUCUUAUUAGUAAAGUUCACUGGAAAGCAGCUCUCCAUGUUACACUAAUGACAGUUUGUUCUCCUUGCAAGAGGAGGGGUAUUACUGUCACCUGACUUGAUGAGCUUUUUUUUUUUUUUUUAAUUUCAUGCAUUUGUAAUAUCUUUUACUGUUUACAUGUAGUCCCAAGAAAUGGAUUGUUGGUGCUUUGGAAUGUAUGUGGUCCCACAUUUAAUAUUCAUUGUAUAUUUUGUGUUUUCUCUAAAGAAAUUUCUUCACACAGUAUGUUCAUUAUAUAUCAUUUAUAUUAUUACGGAGAUGAAGAUAGAAUCUUUUAUUUUUUUCUGUAUCAUUCUUCCAUGGAGCAGCAUUACCCUAAUGGAUUGCACCCAAAACUUUAAGAGGGAGAAAAAUAAUCUCUCCAAUUGGGACUCCCCAGCAGGAAUACUUAGGGAUAAAGAAGAAUGCUAGCAUCUCUGUCUCUCAAACAUAGGACAAGAGAAGCAUUCUUCUGUUAAAGCUAAAAUUCUGGACCACUAAAGCUAAAAGCCCUACCACAAGUGUGAAAAUUAAAGUAAGGUGGGAAUUAAAAUGUGAUUGGUUUAGGGUAUCCCAAGAACUAAGAAAUAACAAAGGUGCAUAAUAUAUUUAUCUUACUUUUUAGGUGCUCAGAGUUGAGGUUAAAUGGGGAUGCAACAUCAAGUGCUACAUUAGUCACUUAGCUGACAUAACCAGCUUGGUUAAGCAGCUUAUGAAACCAUAUAAAGAAUGAGUCUAAGGGUGGAAUUCUGUCCACAAAAUAAUUUUGUGGGCCUGGGUAUCAUUUGGAUCGUACAGAGUUAAGUAUAGCAAAAUGAAACCUUCAUUAUUUUUUCUCAUGUUUUUUCUUUUAUUAUAAAUGAGGGGAUUAUUCUUCAGUUCUGAGGGAGGGACAAAAACCAUAUCAGAUUUUCAGGAAGAAAAAGUAAUUUAAAACCUAUCAUCACAGAAGAUAGAACAUCUUUUCUAGAAGAUUGCCUUAAGAGAACUCCAGCCUCACUCUUGGAACUUGGAUGUGUUCUGACAUAGUAAUUAUUCUAAAAUUUUGAAUCUUUGAAUUAUAAAUGGACUCAGCACUUUUGCUUAACUACUGACAAGUGCUUUGCUUCCUGUCACCUGCCUACGUACAUUAUGGUAGUGAAUGUUCCAAAGUGGAGUAGUAGGAUAUGUAGGAGUAGUUUAGUGCAGAGGGAAAUAUUUGUUUUCAAAACUGGCUUUUAAAGUUUUGUUUCAUUUCUACCAGGAGCCUCAUUUGGUUUUGUUUUGCUUGAAAAUAACUGGUUUUAUCAUAAAUGAGUGAAAUGGUGAUCAAAUUUUUUGGCUAGUUAUUACUUCUCUUACCUAUCUGUAUAGUUGAGAGCUUUGAGGGGCACUGUUAAAAAUUACUGGAAACUAUUUGAAGUGAGGGCUGCAUUAAGACAUAGAGAAAUAUAGAAAUAGUGCCCUAAGCCUAGACUGCCUCAUGAAGUGGCCUCAUUUGAAUUGCUUUCAUAGCUUGCUACGUGUGUAUGAUUUAGAAGUACACUUGGCUUAGAAACAUGGUUUGAUCUUCAUGUCUUGAGCAGUACUUAUUAGUUGAAGAUAGGUUACUAGAGUUAUCUCACUGCUCAUGUACUUACAAGUUUGGGACUUGAAUUUCACUUGAUGUCUGUCCAUCAUUGUGGCCUUGUCAGCCUUAUUCCUUCACUCUUUUACUACUUUGACUACAAAUGGAGAUUUCAGCUGGACAAUGUUGAUGGGGUUUAUUCGGGUUUUUUUGAGCUGGUUAUAUAUAUUUAAAAAUUAUAAAUAGAUAAUAUAUUAUUUUUUUGCACAGUGUGAUCAGUUUGCCCAGAAUCGGGGGAUGGAGCAGUUAGCCUGUUGGGGCCAGGAAGGGACAAGUGAGAUUGGGAGACAGAGUGCUUCAGUUCCAAGCAGUCUGUACAGUACUUAAUUAACCUUCCUAUUGAGAAUACCAAAUGUAUGGUUACAUUACUUUAAAUGAUAAUUGAAUUGGAACUUGAUAUUAAUUAGUUCUGGUUACAGCCUUUUGAUCUUAGUUGGAAUUUUUUAGAAGGCAAAAAUAAAACUAAAUUUCAAACUCAUUGAUUGUUAUCCCCUAGUAUUAUGCAGAGUCCAGAAGUUGCAUGUGGCUGGAUGCUAUUAUUCCCUUAGAAGCCAUGACUAUAAUUUAGCCCUAUGAGAAGAUAGACUCUGUUUCAUAGGAAUAUAUUUAUAUGUGUGUGUGCACACUCAGAAGUUUUGUUUCAGCAAGAUAGAAUAAGAAGCAAGUUCAUGAAUUGGUCUUCUAUUUAUAUUUUGAUUCCAAAAGCUAUUUGUUUACUUGCUAUGGUCUGUUAAUUCCAGGCCUAACUUAAAAGGCUCAGUAACAAAUAUAACAAAUGUAAACGUGUUUACAUUUUAAGUAUGCAGUGGUACUUACAGAUCAGUUAAUUAACUCUGGAAGGCAAAUAUUAGACUACACAUUUCUUUUUUUCUCUCUUUGAUCAAAUGUAAAGAGUCUUCUGAAAGAGAGGCUUUAAAAUGCAAAACCUCAGCAAAAUAAUCCAUGAAUUUACUUAUUCUUGCACACUGCAGUUACCAUUAUGUAACUACAUGUACAGCUACAGAUAUAGUUGUAUAAUGAAUAUUAUCUGGAAACACCUAAAUUAAAGAGAAAAACAGGUAGUUUGUAAACUCUUGAUCUCCUGAAAAGAGGUUAUAUUAAAACAAAUAAAAAUAUUAUCCUUCUCCCUCUUUCUUCUCUGUCUUCUGAAAUGAUUACAAUGGGUACUCUUAGCUAUCCAACUUUGGGGGGAAGGGGCUGUGUCUUAUUGAAUUGACCCCCCUAAAGUCUUUUGCUUUAAAUUAGGGAAACAGAGCUAGAUCUCCAAGUACAUGUGGCUCUUGUAUAUAUAGGGAGAUUUUUUAGAAAACUCAUCAAUCUGGUACUAGACGCAAGUCACAUAGAAGUGUCCCAGUAAAAUGGAUAUGUCCUUUUCCUCCCCAUUUUGCUCUUCACUGAGCAAGUGUGUACAAAAACUAAACAGAUUUCUGCCCUCUAACACCUUUCUAUUACAUUACUUCAGAAUUCUAAUUUUGUCUCUAUUGAUAUGUCUUAUUAACAUCUGGAAAAAUAUAUAUAUUUUAUUGGAAAACUAUAGUUUGUUAAGCCUUGAGAGUUUUGUGGCAGAAUUAUUUGGCUGUGUUUCAUCAGUCAUUGACUACCUUAUGGCAUGCUUUGAUUACUAGACUUCAGGCAGUCUCUUUUGUUGUAUCAUAUUUAUACACAAUUAGUAAAUUGUUUCCUUUCCAUGCCUGUUAUAUGUCUGAGGUUUUGCAGUUUUUAUUAAAAAGUAUGCCAGUCUAAGCAUUUGAUUUGAGUAACAUUAGACUUAAAAGUACAGAGGUUCAAAGUAUAGGUAUGUCCACUGGUAUAAGAAUAGAGUGAAAGAGGAGGGUCUGAUCAGGAUCCAAGUUUGUCAGGUCGGUUACCAGAGCAAAGAGCAAUCAGCUGAACUGGUUUACUUCAAAAACAGAGUGGGCCUGUGCAAAGAGUGAGACCACAUGUGGGUGUGCACACUUCUUUUCCCCAGGUUUCCCUCCCUCUGAGCUUUUUCCUUCCCUCACUUCUCUGGCCUAUUGUCAGUGUUGUUUCUUUAUGCUUAGGGAGAGGAAAACAGAAGUGAGUUUCCUACACUUUGCCUAACUGAGCCACUACCAGGUUUGCUGGCAGCUGUGGCCACAUUAUUUGUGAGGUGAUUUUUUUUGUUUGUGUUCAGAGUGACUUUUGAUUCUGAUUCUUUAUGUUGUUUUAUAUGGAGUGGCACUUUUAUCUGUGUUUUAGCAGAAUUGUUCCUCUGUAUCCUUUACGAUUUUUCCUUUCGUUUCCUUUUUAAAUUAUGCAUAGAGUUUUUUUGUGUGUGUGAAAUUAAAGCCUUUAUUAACCUU